AUGGGCCGCGUCCUCCCCUCCGUCGUCGUCGAGCCGACGCUGCUGGCAUCGUCGCCGGAAGCGCCCGCCCGCGAUACGCUCGUGUUCCUGCACGGCUGGCCCGACUCCCCCGCGCUGUGGGACUCGCAGACAAACGCGCUCGCUCGCGAGGGCUACCGAUGCGUGUCGAUCCCGCUGCCGGGGUACCCCCCGGACGACGCGCGCGCGGGCGCGACCGCGGCGGGGAGGAUGAACUUGAACUUCGACGCCGCGGUGGAGGACGUCGCGUCGACGAUGCGCGCGACGACGACCCCGCCGGCGACCGUGAUCGCGCACGACUGGGGCUGCGUGGUGACGUACCGACUGCAGCGGAAACACCCGGAGCUCGUGCGGCGCGUCGCGGUGUUAGACGUCGGCAACGACGUGGACGGGCUCACGCGGAGAGAGAGGGCGUGGAUCGUCGCGUAUCAGGCGUGGCUGAUCGCCGCGCAUCAGGCGGGCGGCGCCGUCGGCGAUUGGAUGACGACGACGUUCGCGAGAGCGGCGGGCGCGCCGGGGGUCGGAGGGCGCGGCGAGGGCGGGAGGAGGACGGUGAGCGCGGCGUUGAACUGGCCGUACGCGGCGUUUUGGAGGGAGAGACUGCGCGGCGGCGGCGGCGGCGGCGAAGAUGAGGAAAAAACGUCGGCGGAUGAGCGUCGAAUAGGCGACGCCUCGUCGAGGCGCGUGCCGUCGUGCGCGACGCUGUACAUGUACGGGACGGACAAGCCCGCGCGGUUCCACGGGGAUCGGUGGCUGAAGGACGUCCGCGAGAACCCCGCGGGCGGGAAGGUCGUCGCCGUGGAAGGCGCCGGGCACUGGUUCCUCGUCACGCACGCGUCGGCGACUAACGAGGCGUUAUCGACCUGGUUGCGAGAGACCGAGGACGCGCCGCCGCCGCGGUCGAGAAGCGCGUUGUAG